GCCCCACACAUGCCCCGCCUCUAAAAACAGAACAAUGAAGCGAGGCUAAAGAUGAGAAGGAUGAAUAUUAAAUGAUUCUUUGGAUUUGGAGGUUACAAGAAUGAAGACUUUGUCCCCCAAGAAGUUGUGUCUUGUUGGAUUACUUUCAAUCUUACUGAUGUUGAUAGUAUUUAUGUCAUUUCAUAAAGACACUAUCCAAAUUGAUUAUUAUAAAAGCCGACUAUUAAAGAAUCACAGCAGGGAGCCAAUUACGGAGUACCCCAUUAGCCCCACUAGUCUAACUGGGAAUGAGGAGAAGCAUGAUGCCCAUGUAAAGUUAAAAGAAAGACCGGAUCCGAAAGUGACAGAAGAGCCUUCACAGCCCCUAAAUGUAGGAACGGAAAAGAAGGAGCCAUUAAAAAAACCAGUAAAAGUACAUGUACCUGAUGAGAUUCAUCCUAAAAGUCAAGCAGACUUGUGGAUAAAGCUGUCUCCUUCAAACGUGAUUAGAAGAGUGGGAUAUCUUGACAAAAGAAAUUUGAAUGACGUGAGGAUCAACAUCAUCUUAAUGCAAGACAAAAGACAAAGACCACUUCCCACAGUCUUUGUAAGACUGCACUACACUGAUGCCAAGGAGCCACUAUGCUUGUCGACUGAAUUAGACCACAGUGCUAUCGAAGAAGGACACGACAACUAUGUCCUUUACUUGGUUCGUAGUCCUCAGCUUACUGAGGUCCAGAGAGAGCCUCUAUCACACGUUACAGUAUCAACUAAAGGAGACUGCAAAGAUGAAUCAAUUCCCGUUGCUAUCGAGACUGUUUUUGAUCCAAAGGAAUACAAGUAUAAAUUUGCAAUGUGUCUACAUAAAUCUGUACGGCCGAACCUCGAGCCAAAGGUCCUGCUUGAUUGGGUCAAAUUGAAUCUUGCACUCGGAACGGAAUUCAUGACAAUUUUCUUGCAAGCUGGAGCAGAGAAAAUCUACGAAGUUUUAGAGCCUUACGUCAAGAAAGGAGUCCUAGAAGUAUUGGAUUGGAAACUAGAGCCACCACUGAUUGAUAGUGUCUCGUAUCACGACGGGCAGACUGGAGUAAUAGCUGAGUGUAUCUGGCGUAACAUUAACAGCGUUAAAUACCUUGGGAUGAACGACGCCGACGAAUUCUUUAUACCACAGAAACACCAUACCCUCCUUGAAAUGAUGGAAGAGCUAGACCGACCAAUGUCUAAAAGAUACGGCUCGUACUUAUUCACUAACACACUCAUGGUAGACAAUGGGAGGCUCCUACCAAUAGUAGAAAAAGCUUUAUCGUCAAACAAAUGCACCGGACUUGAUCCAAUGUCAUUACCUGUGUAUUUCAAACGUGGUAAGAGUUGUACUACUUAUGCCGAAAAGAUUAUAAUGGUGCCAAAUGCUGCUUCUACUGCAUGGCCUCAUCACCUGUUCUCAUAUCGUGCAGAUAAAUAUACCAAAGAACUCAGAGUCCCUGAUAGUAUUGGGAGGUCACAGCACUAUCGGCCGACUUGGGAUGGAUAUUUUCAUAGGUGCUCACCUUCGCAGCUUUCGGAUUCAUUGAGUGCUGGGAAUUAUUUUUAUAAUGUGACUGGCUGUACUCCAUGAUACAAAUAUAAUUAUAAUUUACAUGUACAUUUGUAUUUUAUUUUAGACAGUACAAAAAUUAUUUUAAAAAUUUUAAAGGGUGAUGAAGAGAUUUUAGUAAUCUUUUAUCAUAGAAGUAAUAAUACAACUAUUAAUUUAAA